UGUGUAGCGUGCCAAGAUCCUAUUCGUGGGAUAGCCCUUCGCGCUCCGUGUGGUCACCACUAUGACAUCGAUUGCAUCAAGGAUCUGUUUGAAGCCUCUACACGUGAUGAGUCACUCUACCCGCCGCGCUGCUGCCGCACGCCCAUCUCCUUGACACUCGUACGCCCUCAUCUGGGAGAACUCCUACUCAGGCGCUUCGAGGAGAAAGGUGCCGAAUUCGGGACCCAGAAGCGCGUAUACUGUGGCCAGCAAACGUGCAGCCGUUUUCUUGGACCACAAGAAGUGGUGCGCACCGGCUGGUUCGCCACGAAGGUCAAGCCAUCGGUGCUCGUGUGUACCGCCCCGCCCGGCUGCGGCGCGCGCACCUGCAGCGGAUGCAAGGUGCUCGUCACCGCGAACACGCACCUAUGCACCGAUGACGCGUCCGACCGCGCGUUGCUCGCCCUCGGCGCGCAGCAAGGCUGGUCACGGUGCCCCGGGUGCAGCCGCAUGAUCGAGCUCAACUUGGGCUGCUACCACAUGACGUGUCUCUGCAAGACGGAGUUCUGCUACCUAUGUCGCGCGCGGUGGAAGACGUGCGCGUGCCCGCAGUGGGACGAGCGCAGACUUUACGCGGCCGCAGAGGCGCGGGUGGAUGGGCAGAGACCUGAUGUGAGGCGCGCGCAGGCUCCCCGUGCAGCCGACCCUUUCCCGAGGCUGGUGCGCGAGGCCAUGGAAGACUUGCGCGAGAACCACGAAUGCGCACAUACGAAAUGGAAGUAUCGUCACGGGGGAGGAAAAUGCCAGACAUGUUUCCACAAUCUACCUCUUUACCUCUUCAGGUGCACAGGCUGUCAGAUUUUGUCAUGUAAUCGGUGCCGCAGAAAUAGGCUUUAA